AGACUUCAUUAACUGCGGUGGAAUGCGGGAGGCUAUCCACGAGUUCGGAUUGAUUGGACGGACUAUCGUCUUCUGAAGCGCGGAGAGGAGAAUUGGAAAUUUCCAAUUUAGGAAAGUUGGGGUUUUAGUUGAAGCUCUGCUCACGGUUUCGAUUGCUGGGAUUAAAAGCCUGCAAUUCUGUUUUCGAUUGUUCCGAAGUUGUUUAGUAAGAGACUUCAAUUGAUCCAAAUGGGACCUUUGAUUGAUAUACGUAUGCGAGUUUGAUUUUAGUUUGAUUUGAGCAAGGGUUUGGAUGGGAAAAUUUUGGAGCUCAUUCAACAAUGAUGAGCCGCUUUAUUUCUUUAGCUGAUCUGUGAGUGGAAAUUCUCAUUGUUCGGUGAUAUGGAAGGGAGCGCUGAAGUUAAUGAGCCUAUGGUAAACUCAGCGGAGACUCCUCACCAUAAAAGGAAAGAGAACGAUCAAUCACCUGCAAUGUUACUAGAGAAUUUAGCAGGUAAAGAUUCACAGAAUGAUUUAGGGCGACAUGCUGCUUCAGAACGUCCUGCCACCUUUUAUCCGACCGGCUUUCCUGGAGCAAUUAUGGAAGAGUUAACAUUGAGGAAUGUUGAUUCUCCAAACACGCUGUAUAGUGGUUGCCCUGGCCGUGCGGAAGACUGUUCUAUUAGAAAAGGGAUGUGGCACAAUUUGACAAGACUAGCUGGUGAAUAUAGAACAGAUUCAAUUCCCAAGGAAUUGUUGAGAGGAGAUGAUAGAGGAAAAGUUGUUGGAUCUUUUUUACCUCAAUCUUUGGUGAAAGGGAAUCUUCAGUUCACUCAGUUAAGCUUAAAUCAUGUUAACGCCCCUAAUAAUUUUGAAGGUGAUAGCAAGGAUCUUUCAAGGAGUGUCCUUGUACGCCAUUCUACUGUUAAUAGUACAAAAGUCUUAAGUGUAUCAGGAUUUCGACAGUUUCUUAUGAACAGCACCUUGAAGGGUAAAGUUGUUACAUAUAGCCAGCAAGCUAUGGACACUGAUACUGGAAUUGUUGCCCAAAUCCAAGAUGACGUGGGGAUUGAUGAUCAAAAGUUGAAAACUUCUGAAUCACUGCACAAAUCUAUUGAAAAAGCUGAUGAAAUGGUCUUACCUGGUGAGGGUGUUGAGCAUGCUGAUUCAAAUGUCCAACUUGAUGGAAUUAGUUUGAGGGAUUUGCUUGCAAAAAAACAUCACAGGUCUAACAAAUUGGAGAGGCUUCUGAUGUUUAAGCAGAUAUUGGAAAUUGUCGAUGGUUUUCAUUCUCAAGGUUAUGCUUUGCAGCAUUUAAAACCGGCAUAUUUUGUGGUGCUUUCAUCAGGUGCUGUUAAAUACAUUGGCUCAGUAAACACUCAAGUUCAGGCAGGGAAUCGGAUGGGUUCAAAAAGUCAUCAAGAUAUCACAGCGGAGACAAAUCUGAAAAGGAAAAGAUCCAGGGAUAAUGAUAAAAGGUUUCAGGCUUUUUUAUCACAUAAACAACUGAAACUAGAUUGUGGCCAAGACUUGCGCGGAAAUGUAUCCCCAAAGAAUCAAAGAUCACGUGGAAAGGACAGAAGUUUAGCUGAGGAUGUUUAUAAUAGUAAUAUCAGAACAGCAAGCUUUGAUGAAGGAUUCAGCAAGCAAAUUCAAUUGGUUGAUUCAGAACAGAGUUCUAAAAUACCUGGAAGUCAAAAUACCGGCAGUUCUAGUUUUCAAGGACCUCUAUCUGGUAUCUUGAAUUUGGAAAACAUAUGGUAUGCCAGCCCUGAGAAGCUGGAUAUAGAUGCUUGCCUUUUAUCUUCAAAUAUCUACAGUCUUGGCGUUUUGUUCUUUGAGCUAUUCUGCUCUUUUGAGAUAGAAGAAGUGCAUGUUGCUGCAAUGUCUAAUCUCCGACACCGGAUUCUUCCGCCAAACUUUUUAUCUGAAUAUCCCAAGGAGGCUGGUUUCUGUCUUUGGUUGCUUCAUCCUGAUCAUGCCUCUCGGCCAAAGUCAAGGGAAAUCUUGUCAAGCAAUUUAAUAUUUGAAUGCAACAAUGUUUCAGCUAUUGAUAGAUCAUCAGCAUCUAUUGAUGAAGAAGAUGCAGAAGCAGAUCUUUUAUUACAGUUUCUUUCAUCUUUGAAGGACCAAAAUGAAAAACAGGCUGCAAAGUUGGCGGCGGAUAUUGAAUGCCUAGAAAAAGACAUUGAGGAGGUUGAGAAACGAUAUGUAUCGAGAGUUGAGUUGAUUUCUAAUGCCAAUGGUGUCCUGGCUAGCUCUUGUCAUAACUCAGAUAGGGAUCCCCAUGAAGCGUCAAUUCAGAUUGGAAAAACUCCUUCAUGGUCUGUAUCAAGUGGAAAUGAAGAAGGAUUGAUGAAGAAUAUUGAUCAGCUCAAACAUGCAUACUUCUCCAUGAGAUGCAAUAUUAAGCUUUCUGAAACUAAUGCUACAACACGAUCUGACAUAGGCGUCCUUAAAUUUCGUGAGAAUUUCCAUCAGUUUGAGGAUGAUGCUGUUAUAAAGGAGGAGUCAACAGACCUCCUUGGUGCCUUUUUCGAAGGCUUAUGCAAAUAUGCGCGAUACAGCAGAUUUGAAGUUCGUGGCUGUUUAAGAAACGUAGAUAUCCUUAAUUCUGCAAAUGUUAUCUGUUCAUUGAGCUUUGACCGUGAUGAAGACUACUUCGCUACUGCUGGGGUUUCGAAGAAAAUUAAGAUAUUUGAAUUUGGGGCUCUUUCAAAUGAGACUGUUGAUGUUCACUAUCCAUUGAUUGAAAUGUCCAACCGGUCAAAGCUCAGCUGUGUCAGUUGGAAUAAUUACAUUAAGAACUACUUGGCAUCAACCGAUUAUGACGGUGUUGUACAGUUAUGGGAUGCAAGCACCGGUCAAGGGUUUACGCAGUAUGUGGAGCAUGAGAAGAGAGCGUGGUCUGUUGAUUUCUCUCCACUGGAUCCAACUAUUUUGGCUAGUGGGAGUGAUGAUUGUUCUGUGAAGCUUUGGACUAUUAAAGAGAGACAUUGCAUUGAUACAAUUAAGAACGUGGCGAAUGUGUGCUGUGUUCAAUUCUCCCCUCAUUCAUCCCAUUUAUUGACCUUCGGCUCUGCUGAUUAUAAGAUAUACUGUUAUGAUCUGCGGAAUACAAGAAGUCCUUGGUGCACUUUAUCUGGACAUGGAAAGGCUGUUAGUUACGUGAAAUUUGUGGACUCACAAACCCUUGUAUCUGCCUCAACUGAUAACACCCUCAAGUUAUGGGAUCUGAGCAAAUCGAGUGCAAGCGGCCUUUCCACUAAUGCUUGCAGUCUGACCUUUAGUGGUCAUACCAAUGAGAAGAAUUUUGUAGGUUUAACAGUUUUAGAUGGAUACAUAGCAUGUGGUUCAGAGACAAAUGAAGUUUAUGCUUACCACAAAGCUCUUCCAAUGCCUAUUACCAUGCACAAAUUUGGUUCCAUUGAUCCAAUUACCGGACAAGAAACUGUUGAUGAUAAUGCACAAUUUGUAUCUAGUGUUUGCUGGAGGACCAAAUCAAACAUGAUUGUUGCUGCAAAUUCCAACGGCAGCUUAAAGCUAUUACAAUUAGUUUAAACUCAAACAAAUAAAUACAAUUAUUUCAAAAAAUCAAACAACAGUUCCUACCUGAAAACAAGGCCACCUCACUCUCUUCCCAAACCCAACUUCAUAUUAUAUAUA